GUAGAAACACGUACGUAAGUUAUUAAAGUUGAAAGUAUGAGAAAAUGUCUAUGAAUGUCUAGUCUGCUCCAAUGGCUUCGCGUGUUUACUUUGAAGAAACGGAACUUCUGUUGCUUUGGUAAUAAAUGAAGAAGUAUCUCGUAUUUGAAUGUUCUGUGACUAGUUUUAAGAAGUAAAAACAAGUUUUCAUCGAUUUUCUGGCUUACGUCUUUGUACUGCAGCACAUGGCAUCGGAAAAUAAAAUCUGUUGCUGACACAUUUGUUAGUUGUACGCGAACGAUCUGGCACAAAUCAUCUUGCAUAAGACUUGUACCUCGAUCAAAUUAAAAUCUUUCAUUUGUCUAUACCGAAAAUGAGGCGGAAUGUUUGGUAACUUAUUUGAGGAUGGUAGUAAUAUGGCUUGUAGAAAUGCUAAAUCCGUUCUUUCAAUAAAUGGGAAACCUAUUGAACAACCACCAGAGGAAAGGGGGGAACAAAGUCUGAUUGGAAUUCAAAACCAGGGAGCUACAUGCUACCUCAACUCACUGAUUCAGACGCUGUUCCUUACCCCAGAAUUUCGUGAGCAGCUGUUUGAUAUUGGCUGUGAGGAAUUGGGAAAAUCUGGACCUAAUAAGAAAGAUGGAAAGGUGCGUAAGAUUCCACUUCAGCUUCAACUUUUGUUUGCUCGGUUACUUUUAAUAAAUCAGUCAAGUUGCAAAACAGAAGACUUGACCGACAGUUUCGGAUGGAGAAACAGUGAAGAGAUGCAGCAACAUGAUGUGCAAGAAUUAAGUCGUAUUCUAUUUGAUGCCAUUGAAAAUUCUUUGGUUGGAACAUCUGGUGAUAAAUUAAUUCACAAUCUUUAUAAAUAAGCCACCAUGCACAGAAUAUUCUUUAUAUUCUGUCAUCAUUCACACUGGAAAUGCACAUCGUGGUCACUACCAUGCCUAUAUAAGGGAUGUGGAUGGAUUGGAAAAAGCAAAACUUCCAAUUGUGGAUCCUGAACCUGAUUUUGAGAUGUCCACAACAACAUCAAAAGCCCCAACGAUGGUAGUUGUACAAAAACGAAGUGAACCUGUCAAUCCAAAUGAUAAUAUUGAAGAAACACUUGCUUGCUUAAUUGCUCAACAAGGCAGUGUAAAGUUGGACCAACUGAGCAUGAAACUGCGGUAUGAGACUGGUAUCUCCUGGAACAAGAAAUAUCGCAAGAAACACGGAUCUUUGAGCAAAUUUCUUCUUUCCUGUCCUAACACAUUCGUGGUGGAUAACGAGAACAACUCAGUCUAUCUAUGCAGCCAACCAAGUGAAGACAGUAAUCAAAAACUGAUUACAAAUCAACUGGAAAACAUAAACGGUAGCCAACAGUUCCCAGAAGCACUGAACCAUUCCAUGAUAAAUUUAUCGCUGGAGGAAAAAGACGAAAAAAUCGGUUUAUUCGGAGGAACAAAUGAUGUAGAAGAGGAUGCUGCUCCUACAUCUCCGGACCUUUCUACUGAUGCGGGUUCAGAUAACAAAGAAACAGCAGUUCCACAAGACGUUAACCCUGCUGGCCAUUCCUGGUUUGAUUUCAACGAUGAAAGAGUGACUGAAAUCAGCGUUAAUUCAAUCACAAAUCAAUUUGAAGGACAGCAGAGUGCUUACAUGCUUUUCUACAGACGUAAAGAUUUGAUCCGACCAGAUUCAAGUUUUGGCAACUCUAUGUACAAGAUACCCAAGCAUGUGGUUGAACAAAUACAAGAGGAAAAUAUAAAGCUUCAGAACUGGAGGGAAGAUUAUGAAAAAGCAUCAAAUAGACUUGACUUAUACAUACACACUGAGAACAUGUGUUUUGUUUCAAACGGUUUGAUACAAACAAGCAAUCCUGAAGGUCAUUUGCUUCAAAUUGAUCAAAGGGAAACAGUUGACGAUUUGCUGAGCAAAAUUUCCCAGGAACAGUCAACGUUUUUUCGCCGACCCAAACCAAAACUAAAGUUAAAAAAGAAAUAUGAAGAUUCAAGCCUGAAGCCAAGCACUCAGUGUGUGAAUACCUUGCACUAUAUGAAGGUGCUUCCCCAUGCGGGAAUUCACCUGUAUGAAUGCACAUCUGUGAGAAAAGAUGUGAGCUUAUAUGAAGCUGGUAUUCAAUCUCAGGUUCAUCUAUUUGCAUGGGAUGGUGAUAAGAUUCUGGGAUCGAAUGUUGCUCCUGGAGAGGAGAAUGAGCCAGUCCUUCAUCACCUCAUCUGUCAACAUCCGGAUUUCACUCGUCGCGUUUCCUUUUCUCUUCCCAAAUCACAGCCACCAGAUGUCAUCAGGGAGCGAGCUGCUGAAUUAAUGCUGACUCAGCAAAUUGAAGUGAAAGAAAUGGUUCAAGACGAAGUGGACAAUUUAGAAACAGAAGGCAAUAAAGAGGAAUAUGAGAUGGAAAAGUAUGUGAAAAAUUAUGUUGCAGACAUUGUGAGAUCAGAAGAGGAAAAUGAGAUAAAGGAAUCCAGUGUAGAAGCACAGGAAGAUACAAUAUCUGUUCAUGUUAAAGUGAGGAAUCUUGGAUUACAUCAGAGCUUGAAAGAUGUUGUAACUGAUUUUAAAGUUGACAAAUCAAUGUCAGUUGGCUGCUUUACGAGGCUCAUUUGCUCAAAACUGGGGGUUAAAAAAGAUGAAAAAUAUAGGAUUUCUAUGCUAAACGAGGACCAGGUUGUUCCGCUGAGAAAUGUUGAUGUGCUGGAGGACCUUGAACUCACAGAAGAUCAGAUGUUGCUUUUGGAGGAAGGUGAAAACCUCGCGGCUAGCGAGCUGGUUUUAUUUGUUCGUAAGUUUAAUGAACCUCACUGUAGUGAAUAUGUUGCUCAAGUAAACUGGAAACUAAAGCAAUUGUAUGAAGACAUGCAUAAGGAGUUUCAAUUGCCAGAUGAUGAAUGGCACCUCAGAAGAUGUAGUUGCUAUGGUGAUAUGCUCGGAGUAUUAGAACCAACAGAUGAUGAGAUACCACUGAAGAAUGGAGAUUAUGUGAUGGUGAGCCAUGGAAAGUUGGCAGAGAAAGGAAACAUAAGAAUGCGUGUUUGGUUGUUUCCGACGUUACCCGACUUUAAAUCAAAAUUCAAGGAUUUUAAACAUGAUCAACUUGUACAAGGAAGUGUGGAGGAUGCAAGGAGGAGAAGGAGCAAAGAAGUGGAUGCAAGUACCAUCCAGAAUAUGAAAGAGUUAAAGGAAAUUGGUCCUUGCAACUGUGGCCACAUUGAGCUCAAGAGAGAUAGUACAUUAUAUGACUUGAAACGAUUGCUGGCUUUAAAGAUUUCAAAAGAGUUGCAAAGUGAAGCAGCAGAGUUACGAUACCGUGUAUUAGAGCGUUCGUCACUGACGCGGGUGAUUGACAAGGAAACAACAAAUGAAGAAGUUACAUUAAAAAGAUUGAAACUUUCCUCCAGCACUCAAAUUGCUGUUCAACCAGCAGAGUGUAAACUACAGUCGAAUGAACUACUUUUGACAGUAGUUCUCCACGUACCUGGUACUCGCUGUUAUACUGAAGAAAUGGAGCUGAUUACUGAAAAAGCCGCUCCAAAACUUGGCCAAGUUUUUGCAGAGAUUCUUAAUGUGGUGGUGGAUGAUUUAAUAAUUGCUCGAAAGUUCGUUGAAAAAAAUGAAUGGACGGUCAUUCAAACUGAUGAUUCAAACGAUUCUCCGACAAAAACUAAACCAAGCAAAAGCGGGAAACGUGGUAAGAGACUUUCUGGGAAGAGGAAAUCUCUCAAGACUCAGAAAGAAUCAAUACAGUUAAAGCAUGGCGAUGUAAUUGGAGUUAAAAUUAAAUCUUUGGAAGAAAAAUCAUCUUUCGAACUUGAUCUGAUUGAUUUUGAUACAGAGGAGGACAUUUUUAUGCAAAAAAAGUUAAAGGAAAUCAAAGAGAAGUCCCAAGAAUUUAACAAGAGCCACGAUGGUGCUAACGAUCAAGUCCUAGACAAUGAUUCCAAUAAUGCAAUUAAAACUGUGAAUGCCAAAAACAAUAAAGAAAAGGAAAAUACACUGAAAAUACAUGUUGACAAUUUUUCAGAAUCUUGUAACGGUCUUCCCACCUCUUGACACGAACUUUCUAAGUUUUUCAAACAGUAAAUACGAACAUAAUACAUCUUUAUUGCGUUCCAUGCUUCAGGUUUUCUUUUAUAUAAAAUGUGCAUAUGUUUGAAAGUUGGUCAUUUGAAAAUUCGCUUGCAUUGCUAAGACAUAAGCUUUUCUAAAUUAUACCUUUUGUUUUGCAAACAGUUUGACAAUUUGCAUUGUUUCUGGGUUCAAUUUAUAAAUUUUAACAAUUUAACCAGUAUAAAUACACCUUGAAUUAAAAUAUUUAGGAUUUUUAGAUAAAACUUUUAAAUGUUGUUGUGUUUAAAUAUCAGUGGUGCAAUAUUUUGUUUGGGUAAAUUGGACCAGUGUUUUUUUUUUGCAGUCAAAAUGAUUAAUAACAUAAUUAUGACUCUUCUGCUUAAUAGCUGUAUAUGCACAGUGUUUACAAAUAAUUUUUUUUUGUGAACCAUUUUUAUGUUCUGACCAAAGAAAGUCUUACAUUAAAUUAUGUUUAUUUGUUUCUAUAAUGUGAUUUAGGUAAACCAGGACAAGGAUAUCGGUAAAUUGGUAUAGUGAUUCGUCAAGUGAUUCAUAAGGUACGUUUCUCCUGGAAUUUAUAUUAAACGCUCCAGUUCUA